AUCUGAGAGAGGAGGAAAGCUGGUGAAGGUUCACACUUAUUUUGCCUGCCACAUACAGAAUCACCCUCCACAGAAAGGAUUUAUCUUUUUAGCGUUCUUUUUUUGUGUCUCAAACCUUGUGGAUUUCAUGGACCUUGGACUGUGAUUCCUUCUGAGAAGUCUGAACAAUACUUUUUAUUUCUUUAACUUUAUGAGAGGACCUAAAAUUUUAUUACAGGACAUCAAUCAGAUUUACAUUUAAUUCAUAGUUUUGAUAAAGUCAUCAGCUGUACGGGGAUAUAGUUUGACAUGGGGCCUGGGAAGGCGCUACUUAUCCUGGGCUUAAUGUGUAUGCUGGGGGAAUGUUUCUCCCAGUGUCCAGAUGGCUAUAACAAAAACGGCAAAAAAUGUAUAGAUAUAGAUGAGUGUGAAGAUUUCGAGGAACUAUGUGGGAACAACGCGGUGUGCUUCAACACAAAUGGCAGUUACUACUGUCAGUGCAAGGAUGGGUUUGCAAAUAUUAGAAACAAAGUUAACUUUACAACGGGAGAUGGAGCGUGCAAAGACAUUAAUGAGUGUUACAAUAACAAAGACAUCUGCGGUCACAAGGCAGAUUGUAUUAACCUGAUUGGGAGCUACAAGUGCAUCUGCCAUUCUGGGUACACUAAUCCCACCAAUAACCUCAAACACUGCAUAGACAUAGAUGAAUGCAAAGAAGCUGAAAUGAAAGACCUCUGUGGAAUAAAAGGGACUUGUAAAAACAUUAAUGGGAGUUACUGGUGCAUGUGUCCAAAAGGAUACACCCACUAUGGCCAUGAAAGUACUCCAUGCUCAGAACUUGACUGUGAAACCUUCCAAGCCAAUAGCAGACCUGCACAGUCUCUUGAAGGCCUGGUAGACAUUUUAUCCAUGAUGAGAAACAACUGUUUGGCUCUGUCUAACCCACACAAUGCUAGUGAGGGGAAGACUGAUGGAGAAGUGCUACUGGAGAAAUUUCUCAUCGCCACUGAGGCCAUCCUGUCCCCUGGUCACCUGAACCACAGGGAAGACAUGAGUGCUUUUCUCCAAACGGUGGAGGAGUCCAUUAGGCUCAUUGGUCCACAGCUCAAAGACAGCAUUACUGAGAUGGAGACCACUGAGAUAGUAGGUGCAAAGAUUGCAGUUCAGAGGGGAAAGACUCAACCCACUGGACCAAUCCUUCUGACCAAUGAAAAUGCUCGUCUCGACACUGACUGGACAACAGCAGCUGGGACGGGAACAUAUCCUGGCUUUGCUCUGGCUGCAUUGUUGACCUACAAGAACCUUGAGAAAUUUGUUAACAACUCCUUUGAGGAGCUCAAAGGACAUGAAAAAAAUGGCAAAAAUCCCUCCUCCUUCAAGAUCUCCUCUAAAGUUGUGUCUGUUGUGGUCUCCAACCCGUCCACUCAGAACCUGAGCAGCCCUGUGAACAUCACACUCAGACAUCUAAACGAGACAGUGGAGUCCUCUGAGGUGGAAUACAUCUGUGCACACUGGAAUGACAGAGGGGCCUGGUCCGAAGAGGGUUGCCAUCAACAACAAACCAAUGCCACACACAGUGUUUGUACAUGUGAACUUCUGAGCAGCUUCGCUGUGCUUAUGGCCCUCUAUCCCAUGAAGCAUCCCUUUGCGCUCAUACUGAUAACAAAGAUAGGGCUGAACAUGUCCCUGAUGUGUCUGGUACUGUGCAUCCUGACGUUCAAGUUCUGCCGCUCCAUACAAGGGACACGCACCACCAUCCACUUGCACCUCUGUGUCUGCCUCUUCGUGGCUGACCGCAUCUUUCUGGCCGGCAUUUCGAAAACCGAACCUGUGGGCGGCUGCAGGUUUGCUGCAGCAAUGCUCCAUAUCUUCUUCUUGGGAGUGUUUAUGUGGAUGCUACUGGAAGGGGUGCAGCUGUACCGCAUGGUGGUCCUGGUGUUCAAUGCCACCAUUCGGCCCCUAUACUUAUUCAUCGCUGGUUAUGGGACACCCCUUGUUAUCGUCAUCAUAUCGGCCAUCGUUAAUCCCAAGGGCUACGGCACUAAGGAGCACUGCUGGCUGUCACUGACAGACGGCUUCAUCUGGAGUUUCUUAGGCCCUGUGUGCUGCAUCACCUUCCUCAACAUCUUCUUUUUCAUCAUCACCAUCUGGAAGCUCGCCCAGAAGUUCACCAGCCUCAACCCAGACCUCUCUGAACUUAACAAAAUUAAAGCUUUCACAGUGACAGCUAUUGCCCAGUUGUGUCUACUGGGUCUGACGUGGGUGUUUGGUUCCUUCCUGUUCAAAAAGUACAUUGGUACAACAGUGGCAGCAUAUAUCUUUACUAUCCUCAACAGCCUGCAGGGAGCACUGAUUUUUGUCAUGCACUGCCUGCUGUCUAAACAGGUUAGAGAGGAGUAUGCCUAUUUUCUCUCCUGUUUCUGCACACCACAGAAGAAGAGAUACUCGGACUUCAGCAGUACCAAUCCUUCCAGUAGUCAGUCACGAGGUUCUCAGAGUGGGCAGCACACCGGAGAAUUCCAAAUAUGAAGAGCUAAAUCUCUUAUUCUACCCCAAAGACAGACUAUCACACUUUAGCAAAUCUGGGACAGGCAAGCCCUGAUUUUAAAGUUUUGGCUCACUUUAAAUAAAAAUCCAGUCAUUAUUAAUUCACCUUUAUGAAUUAAACUCUGUUUCUGUUGUACCAUUAAACCAGUGGUUCCGAACCUGGGGGCUAGUACCCCUCC